GCCGCGUCGUUGUGAUUGUUGACAGCCACCGUAGGGUAAGCUUGGUACAGCUGUGCGUUUGUCACGGCUACACAGUAGUUUCCCUCAUUGUCAGCGGCACUGGAGCCUCGUCCGCCGUUUGCGUCCCGACGCGGCCACAUUCAGGCUGUGUGUCCCGGCCAGCGUCACCCGUCACGUCGACAGUUCGAGCCGCAUCGUUGUCGAGAGACUGGAAGAGACACGGAACUGGGAAAAAUGAGUAGAUCACAGAUGACUACGAUGAACGGGAAGAGGCCCUCUUCGAUCCCGUGUAGACAUCAGCCAGAGAUAUUAUCGCAACAUUCUGACUUGAUCAAGUAUAUUUAUGAUUCAUGGAAUUCUGUAUCUAGAGAGCUAGAUAUGUGUCACAAUCAACCACACAGUAACUCCUCUAAUUAUAGAAAUGGAGCGUCAGUUACAUAUUAUCAAGAACGUGAGCCAAAUCCACAGUUGAAAGAUUUUGAACCAUUUAAUUUGGAAGCAUGGUGGGGACAGCGUGUUGUGCAAAGUGUUAUUACUACUAGAAAUGCAAAUUCCUAGUGCCAGGCCCAACAUGCUGACUAUAAUCGGACAUUUUCAAACAGACAUAAGAAACAAAAAAGAUAAAUUGCGAUUUUAAAUUCAAUUUUUGUUUCUUUUGAGAUUUAUUUUAUACUUUUGACAAUGAUACUUUAAAGCUGGGAUUCAAGAAUAGAGAAAUUGUAACAUAUAAAAAAUAUAAACAGUAAGACUUAAAUACUAAAACAUUCGAACAUACACAUAAGUAAAACAAAGAGUUUUAAAAUGGUAAUUUUAUAUUCUCGAGAAUUUUUUAUGACAAUUGAUUAAUUUACUAUUUAAAUCUUACUGCUUACGUUUUUACACAAUGAAAGAAAGACAAUAGAUAAACACAAAAAUUACAAUUAAAUCUCAAUUUUGUUUUAUAUAUGUAAUGUACGUAUUUAUCUGAAGAUUUUUUAAUGUUUUAAUAAGAAAAAGAAAAGAAAGAAUGCGGAUUGUGUAAUGUUGGUAAAUGUGACAGUAAUAUGACAGAAAUGUUGUUAUGAAUAGUAAAGAGAAAGAUAAGAAUACAACAGAAACAUAAGCAUGGA